AUGGAAUAUUUGGAAUAUCUGAAUGAAAACCAACGCGCACAGCAGAGGCCUGCAAGAGUACUUUUGGAUAGGAGUGAUCCAUUAAAUUUCUUUGAUGACACAGCUUUUCAAGGCCGCUUUCGCAUGUACAAACAACAUGCAUUGGAGAUAAUAUCUUUACUAGAACCUACACUUUCCUGUCUGUCUCUGAGAGGAAGGCCUUUACCCAGUUCUCUCCAAGUUUUGCUCACAUUGAGGUUUUUGGCAUCUGGGACCUUUCACCGUGAAACUGGUGAUUUAUGUGGUGUUAGUGAAGCAACUGUGUGUAGAAUAGUUCACAAAGUCUGCAGAGCCAUUUGUGAACUGAGGAGUGUUUACAUAAAGUUUCCUGAUGCGGCUGACCAAGCCAAAUACAAAGUGCAAUUUUAUGAAUAUGGGCACUUCCCAGGUGUCAUUGGUUGUAUAGAUGGAUGUCAUGUUCCCAUCAAGUGUCCAUCAACUCCUGAUGCUGAGGAGUACAGGAACCGUAAGAACUGGUUUUCAAUCAAUGUUCAGGGUGUAUGCACACCAAAUUUAGAGUUUGCAAACCUUGUAGCACAUUGGAAAGGUUCAACUCAUGAUUCAAGGAUUUUUCUCAACUCAUCAUUGUGUGCUCAGUUUCAGAGAGGACAGCAUAGUGGACUUCUACUUGGUGACAGUGGAUAUGGUCAAAGUACCUUUUUAUUCACUCCAUACAUAAAUCCCACAACAGUGGAGCAGCAGAGAUACAAUAGAGCUCAUAUCCAAACAAGAGGCAUGGUUGAACGCAUGUUUGGAAUAUGGAAAAAUCGAUUUCAGAGUUUACGCAACACACUUCGUUUCAGCCCAAGAAGAUGCUGCAAGGUCAUCAUUGCUACAGCAGUGCUGCACAACUACCUGAAGCAAUGCUGCUGUCCUGAUCCUCCAAUGGAAGAUUACGAUGAGGCAGAUGUGGCAGUGGCUGAGGCAGCCAAUGGUCAACGCGGACUUGCACAUAGAGCUGCAUUCACGUUACAGCACUUUAGCUAG